AUGGCUGAUGUCAUCAAGAAAGUCAAAAAGAAGGGAGAAUGGAAGGUCCUGGUGGUGGACCAGCUGAGCAUGCGUAUGCUGUCCUCCUGCUGUAAAAUGACAGAUAUCAUGACGGAGGGGAUAACGAUUGUGGAGGACAUCAAUAAACGCCGAGAACCACUGCCCAGCCUGGAGGCUGUGUAUCUUAUCACUCCAUCCGAAAAGUCGGUGGAGUCCCUUAUUGCUGAUUUCAAGGAACCCCCAAACGCCAAGUAUCGAGCUGCGCAUGUCUUCUUCACGGACUCUUGCCCAGAUUCCUUAUUCAAUGAACUGGUCAAAUCCCGGGCAGCAAAAGUCAUCAAGACCCUGACGGAAAUCAACAUUGCUUUCCUGCCGUAUGAGUCCCAGGUUUACUCCCUUGAUUCGGCGGACUCCUUCCAGAGCUUUUACAGCCCUCACAAGGCUCAGAUGAAGAAUCCAAUUCUGGAACGCUUGGCUGAACAGAUUGCGACUCUUUGCGCCACUCUGAAGGAAUACCCAGCUGUCCGAUACCGAGGGGACUACAAGGACAAUGCUAUGCUGGCUCAGCUGAUCCAGGACAAAUUGGAUGCGUACAAAGCAGAUGACCCAACCAUGGGAGAGGGUCCAGACAAAGCUCGUUCUCAACUUGUCAUUCUAGAUCGUGGCUUUGACCCCAGUUCUCCCGUGUUGCAUGAACUCACGUUUCAAGCCAUGAGCUACGAUUUGCUACCCAUUGAAAAUGAUGUCUACAAGUAUGAGACAAGUGGAAUUGGAGAAGCCCGGGUCAAAGAGGUCCUGCUGGAUGAAGAUGAUGACCUCUGGAUCACCUUGCGCCACAAGCACAUUGCUGAGGUGUCCCAGGAAGUCACCCGAUCCCUGAAGGAUUUUUCUUCCAGCAAAAGGAUGAACACUGGAGACAAGACCACCUUGAGGGAUCUUUCCCAGAUGCUGAAAAAGAUGCCCCAGUAUCAGAAAGAACUCAGCAAGUAUUCCACCCAUCUCCACCUGGCUGAAGACUGCAUGAAGCACUACCAAGGCACCGUGGACAAACUCUGCAGAGUUGAACAGGAUCUGGCCAUGGGCACCGAUGCAGAAGGGGAGAAGAUCAAGGAUAUCCGGAUCAUCUUACUGUACAUCAUUCUCAAGAACGGGAUCACCGAGGAGAACCUGAACAAGCUGAUCCAGCAUGCUCAGAUCCCUCCUGAGGACAGUGAGAUCAUCACGAAUAUGGCACACCUUGGGGUGCCCAUCAUAACAGACUCGACCUUACGUCGUAGAAGCAAGCCAGAACGGAAGGAACGUAUCAGUGAACAGACCUACCAGCUCUCUCGAUGGACUCCGGUGGUCAAAGACAUCAUGGAGGAUGCUGUGGAGGACAAACUGGACACCAAACAUUACCCAUGCAUCUCCACCCGGUCAGCUGCUUCCUUCAGCACUACAGCAGUCAGUGCCCGCUACGGACACUGGCACAAGAACAAGGCUCCCGGGGAAUACCGAAGCGGUCCUCGCCUCAUCGUUUUCAUCCUGGGCGGGGUUGCUCUGAGCGAGAUGCGCUGCGCCUACGAAGUGACGCAAGCCAGCGGGAAGUGGGAGGUGUUGAUAG